UCUACGCACCAGUGCGGCGCGAUGGGUGUCUCUGCUUCGCUCUCAAACACACAUUCACACUUACGUGUCCGGAGUGUGGUGUAUUGAUCUGAUCUGCAGGUUUUGUUUGCUAAUGCUAUUGCGCAAAGGAUUGAAGAAAGACGGUAUGUGUGGUAAGAAAAGGGAAAAGAAGCAGCUAGCUAGUUAACUGUAGCUAGCUAGCUGGCUAGCUACUUUUUGAAAGCAGACAAGGCAGGGAAAAAAACACUUUUUACUCACAAGAUCCUGGGAAAAGUGGGUGAGGAAAGGGAGAAAAUUUCAGGGGGAAACUGAUGUGAAAAGGAAACCGAGAGAAAAAGGAACAAGCAGGGAAGGAGGGGAGACGCAGAGUUUUGAACCAGUGUACACAUCGGCGAUUUCUCUGGCCCGGUUUCCCGCUAUACGAGUCAUCAUGCCUCGCUCAGAAUAAUCAGGGCAUCCGCCAGCACCCAGGAGCGGCUGAAUCUCCCUCCCACUCCAUGCUCCCAGCCCCCUGGCCGGCCCCUGCCCCUGCCUCUGCCUCGGGUCCCGUGCACGCUCCUCGGCCCCGGCUGUCAGGAUGCUGGGUCUGUGCUGGCGCCGGCAGAAGUGCAGUGCCGUGACCGCGCUGUUCGUGCUGGCUGCCUGCGCAGCCUGCGCGGUGGUGGUGCUGCUGCUGUCCCGGCUGCACGAGUGCACGGCGGAGCUGCGCGCGCAGACGCAGCGCUGCAGGCAGCAGCAGGAGGCCCUGACCGCGCAGCUGCAGGUGGUGUACGAGCAUCGGUCUCGCCUGGAGAGAUCUCUCCAGAAGGAGAGAGGAGAGCACAAGAAGACAAAAGAAGAUUUUCUGGUGUACAAGUUGGAAGCUCAGGAGGCCUUGAACAAGGAAAAGCAGGAUGCCAUGAACAGAUACAGUGCCCUGAGCUCUCAGAACAGUAUCCUCAAGAACCAGCAUGCAGACCUGCGCAGCCAGCUCCAGUCCCUGCAGACGGAAAAUGGAGAGCUGCACUUGGCUCAGCGCAGAGCGUUGGAGGAGUGUCAACACCAGGGGGUGCUGCAGCGCACCGAGAGCCAGGACCACAUAGCGUCCCUGCAGGACACCGUGAUGAAGCUGAGGGAGGAGAGCAAGCUCAUGAGGAAGUCUCACCAGGAGGUCCACUCCCAGCUGCUGAGCGCCCAGGCGCAGCUGGAAGAGUUCCGGCAGCUCAGACAGGCCCUGCAGAAGGUGCCGGGGCUGAGGGAGCACUCGCUCAUCCAACAGCAGCCUGAUACAGAGAAACACACCGACUCCAAGAUGCUUGAUCUUAAGUCUUCCAUAGGCCCACUGAUUGCAAGGCCUCCAGUAGGAUUGGGACUGGGAAACACCACUCAGCCCAGACAUCAAGAACAGACUGGGAUUGGAAAAGAGCCUCAAACUGUGGUGACACAUCCUCCCAUCAGCAAAUCCAAACAAAAGACUCAACAAGAAGUUCUGGAUGAUGGGCUAGCUAGAUUCCGCUCAGCCAAUCAGAAGGACCCUGUGGUGAUUACUGUGGAAAAAAGGGCAGGUGAAGAAGGACAGGACCAAGGAUUGGACAGCUGGAAUAGUAUAAUCAAGAAAAACAAUUACAACCAGAGACAGGACCCGAAUUCUCUCUCAACCAAUCAGAGGCCACCGUUCAACCACUGGCGAGACGCUGAGACCAAUGACAUGAAGACAGAAAGGCCGGAAGAGAUAAAUGAGGACAAAGAGUUGGAAGACAUUCAGGAUGAUGGGGAGCUGGAAAUUGACACCUUAGGGGAGGAGGUACCACAGGGCCAGGGAAUCAUUGCCCAGGAACCCAUGGAGAUUGGAAGAAUGGGAGAGACAGAGGAUCAGCUGGAAGAGGAAGAUGAGGAAGAGGAGGAAGGAGGAAACGAAGAAGAAUAUUAACGCUCACAGCUUCCUUUGGCCUUUCAACAACCUGCCUCUUCUCACUUCAUUUGUACCACUUUCCCCUCUUCUCUUUCCUGUUACCUUCACCCCUCUUACUCUCUCACAUGUUCCCGCUCUCUGUGUCUGUCUCUCUCUCCCUAAAGCAUGGCCACGUGUUUAGUACAAAACUUCAGGGAAUAAAGUUGCCUUGUCUUCCCCCCCUCUGUCCAUUGCAGGGAGCAGUUGAUAGCUGGUAUUGUGCCUUAUUGGACUAGACCCAAAGUUUCCUUGGGAUGAAACCAGUUUAUCCAUGUGAAUACACCAAAACAACUGGUGUUGCAAUUACUAAUAUUCUGACUGUUACAUACAGGUUUAUUUGAUUUGAAAAUGAAUCUCUUUUUUUGUACUCAGUAUUAUAAACCAAUGGUUAGUCCAUGCUCUGUGCAUUUUUAUACUGUUUUGAUAAUAUUUGUCCUUCAUUAAGGAGCCAUAGUGUGUUAUAAGAAUUUAAAAUAUACUUUGUGUUGAUAGGGUUGACUGGCUUUUCCAGCAAAUGAAAGCGCUGUUGUUAUUGAUACUGGUUUACCCAUGGGUAGUGUGAACAUACAAAAGGGCCAUGCAUGAAAGGGCCAACAUGCCAACAU